UUAUUUUCCUUCGUGACUAAUUGCACGAAGAUCUCAAGGGCUUGUUGAACGUUGAUGUCAAUGGAGUUCGCACAUUUACGUAUAUCUUCCGUUCAUGAUCAAACAAUAACCUCUUCUACAUUCAAUUCCGUCUCCAAUUUUCAGCUCGCGAAGAGCAAAUCCACUGAUUAAACAAUCAACUGAUGACAUGAACGAUCUGAUUUCGACCUUACGAGCGCAUAAUGCGGAGUUUAACCGGUGGAUUUCUCUUGUCAUUGCUACUAUUUACAGCUGCUGUACUGAAUUGCAGUUUGAUCUCUCUUGGGAAUUUGGUAGCUUCUCUACUUGUCUUGUUUGUUUAUCUGGAAAGAGAAUUUCACUCAAGGGGGAGAACGCUACUAUGGUCUAUUGUUAUUUUCUCACUUGUUGUUAUCCUUUCGCAAGUGACUUUUCUAUUUGCCUGGGCCAUUUGGUGUGGAAGACGCAGUUUAGAAGAACCUUUGUGGGCAAAGUUUAUAGGAUUCAUGAUAGUUCAAACAUGGAAAUCGCCAACAGUAAUUUACGUUUUGAUCUUGCAACUAUUAGCGGCAUUUACUGCUUUUACCGAACUCCAUGAGAUCAGAUUAGGUCUGUUUACAUGUGCAGAAUCGUUUUUAGGGACUCUUGCAGCAGCCAUAGUGCAAAUAGGUUCAUAUGUGAAGGUUGUUUUGUUCUUGCUGUUGCCGGCUGUUCAGUUGGUUGUGGGUAUCAGCAACACUUCUUGGAUUUCCUUACCAUUUUUUGUUUCUAGCUGUGUGGGUCUUGUGGAUUGGUCAUUAACAAGCAACUUCCACGGCCUUUUCAGGUGGUGGAGACCUCUUUGGCUGUACGCGGGUUUCAAUAUUUUCUUUCUUUAUGUCUAUCAGCUUCCCACAAGCUUACCUAAGUUGUUUAGUGCAAUCGGUGAUUUCAUUGGCUUAUACAGAAUUUCUUCAGCAUCUGGUUGGACACAAAUUUGUUCUGGUCUUUCACUAAUCAUAUUUUUCUUCGGGUUAUCUUUUGUCAAGCCUGACUUGGAGGAUAUGGAUUUGGUAAUGUCCAUGAGAGAAGGCAUCUUGACCGAACAUCUUCUGCCAUCAACGAAUUCUUUCUUCAUUCGUGAAUCAAGAACUGGUAAAAGGGACACCAACUUUUUGUUAAGAGGUGCAGUUUUCCGAACAUUCAGCAUCAACUUCUUCACCUAUGGUGCCCCGGUGUCUUUGUUUGCUCUUUCUUUAUGGAGCUUCUAUUUUGCUAGUGUGUGCGCGCUUGGAUUACUUACAUAUGUAGGCUACAUUAUAUUUGCAUUCCCAUCUUUGUUUCAUUUGCACCGGCUAAACGGGAUUCUCCUAGUCUUUAUUCUCUUGUGGGCUGUCAGUACAUAUGCUUUCAAUAUAGCCUUUUCACACCUGAACGGGAUCCUUGGAAAGGACACAGAGGUCUGGGAAAUGGUGGGGUUGUGGCAUUAUCCUUUUCCGGGUUUCUUUAUCCUUGCGCAGUUCUCUCUUGGAAUUUUGGUUGCACUCGUUAAUCUUGUGAACAAUUCUGUUUUCCUUUACAUCUCUGAUGAGGUUCCCCAUACAUCCAAUGGAGACCCGGCUCCUAAAGCUAAAAAAGAAACAAAAGUGUUGAUUGUAGCCACAAUUGCUUGGGUACUGCGCAAAUGUAAUCGAGCUUUAAUGCUGGUACAAAUAUUUCUCAUUGCAAUGAAGCCUGGUUUCAUCCAUGCUGUAUAUAUGAUAUUCUUUUUUCUGUAUUUAUUGAGCCACCGCAUCAACACGAGAGUGCAAGGGGCCUUGCUUCUUCUGUGUGAGAUUCAUUUCGCAAUCUUGUACACUCUUCAGAUAAAUAUGGUCUGUGUAGCCUUGACGAAAAAGGAGACUAUAAGUUGGGAAAUUUUAUCUCAGUUAGGUCUCCUUGAACGCGAUAGCUCUUGGGAUUUUGUGGAAAUAGCUUUGCUUGCAUGUUUUUGUGCAAUCCAAAAACACGGUCACAAACUUCUGUUUUCGUUCUCAGCAAUUGUGCAGCACACACCUUGUGCUCCAGUUGGAUUUAGCAUUUUGAAAGCUGGUUUAAACAAAUCAGUUUUAUUAUCUGUUUAUGAGUGGGAUAACACUACAGACAACAAUGAUAAUCCCUCCCAAGAGAGAAAGGUGGCGUCAUAUCUCAGUGCAAUAGGACAGAAAUUUCUGUCGAUUUACCGGUCGCUUGGCACUUACAUUGCGUUUAUAACCAUACUUAUCACGGUCUACAUGACAAGACCAAAUUACGUGUCAUUCGGGUACCUUUUUCUUCUUCUUUUCUGGAUUACAGGUAGACAACUUGCUGAAACAUCCAGAAAACGUCUAUGGUUCCCACUAAAAGCAUACUCAAUCGUGAUGUUCAUUCUCAUCUACAUUUUAUGCAUUUUCCGAACCUUCGAGGGAUGGAUAUCGACAAAAGUCGAUCUUUAUACAUACUUAGGCUACAAUUCCAAAUCAACAGUAUUCCAAAACGUUUCAGAAUCCUUAGCAAUAACAAUCGCAAUGCAACUUUACAGCUAUGAAAGGAGACAAAACAGGUACCCUAAUUUGGAAGACACAAAUAGGAUGCAAUUCGGAGUGAUUGGAUUUAUUCGACGCCUUUUAAUAUGGCAUAGUCAAAAAAUCUUGUUUUUCGCUAUGUUUUAUGCAUCAAUAUCUCCAAUAAGUUUUUUCGGUCUCCUUUAUCUUCUGGGUACUGUUUUCUUCUCGAUUUUACCUAAAGCUUCACGGGUCCCAUCAAAAUCGUUUAUAGCUUACUCAGGAUUCGUUGCCACAUUAGAAUAUCUAUUCCAAUUAUGCGGAAGACAACUUGAGAUGUUUCCUGGACAGAAACAUCAUAAUCUAUCUAGUUAUUUAGGUUUAAAGGUGUAUGAACCCGGGGCUUGGGGUUUAGAAGCGGGAUUACGGGCUAAAGUACUAGUGAUUGCUGCGUGUACGCUGCAAUAUAAUGUUUUUCAUUGGUUAGAGAAGAUGCCGAGUUGGCUUUCGGGUGUUGGUCAAUGGGAAGAACCUUGCGCGUUGUUUUUCUCUCAAGAAGACGUGUUACCGGUUGUAACUCCAAAUGGGGAUAAUAUUCUUUCACCUGUUAAGAAAUUUGGAUUAAAAAGCAGCAACUCAUGGCCAGCAAACAACCAAGAAUUGGAAGGUCAACAGGUGGAAGUAGCCAAGACUAGCAAUAGAAGAUACAUGCUUGGAUAUUUCUGGGGACAGGUUAACGAGAAUCAUAAAUGGAAGAAGAAGCAAGUUCAAUCAUUAAGAAAAGAGAGGUUCGAAAUGCAAAAGACGUCUUUGAAAAUUUACUUAAAGUUUUGGAUGGAGAAUAUGUUCAUACUUUUUGGUCUUGAGAUUACCAUGAUUGUAUUGCUUCUUGCAAGCUUUGCGCUGCUCAAUGCAAUAUCAUUGCUGUAUAUCGCAUCACUUGCUGUCUGUGUUGUUCUAAACCGGCAGCUAGUGAAAAGAUCAUGGUUGUUAUUUGUUGUAUUGUUUGCCACUGUUCUUUUACUCGAAUAUUUUGCCAUCUGGAAGACCGAAGAGAAUUUAAGUGGACUUACUCCAAGUGAUGCUACCUUACAUUGCCAUGAUUGCUGGCGCAUUUCGGAAUUACAUUUCAACUUCUGCCGCAGCUGCUGGCUAGGACUUACUGUUGAUGAUUCAAGAGUUCUGAUCAGUUAUUUUGUAGUCUUCAUGUGUUCAUGUUUCAAGUUUCGAGCAGAUCGGUUUUGCAGUUUUUCAGGAUCAUAUACAUACCGACAAAUGAUAUCUCGACGCAAAAACUCCUUCGUUUGGCGAGAUCUCUCUCUUGAAACCAAAACCAUUUGGACUCUUCUUGACUACUUAAGACUAUACUGUUACUGUCAUCUCUUGGAUCUUGUGCUUGCUCUUAUUUUAAUCACGGGAACUCUCGAAUACGAUAUUUUACACCUUGGAUAUCUUGCUUUUGCCCUAUGUCUUUUCCGAUUGAGACUUACAAUACUAAAGAAAAAGAACAAAAUCUUUAAGUGGUUAAGGAUUUACAACUUUGUGGUUAUUGUUCUCUCUCUUGCGUACCAAUCGCCAUUCGUGGGUGCGUUUAACGAUGGGAAAUGUCAAACAAUUGAUUAUGUUUACGAGGUUAUUGGAUUUUAUAAGUAUGAUUAUGGAUUUCGGAUUACCUCAAGGUCUGCUUUGGUUGAGAUUAUUAUCUUUAUUCUUGUAUCGUUACAGUCAUACAUGUUUUCUUCCCCCGAGCUUAAUUAUGUAUUCCAAUAUCUUGAAGCUGAACAAAUCGGUGCUAUUGUUCGUGAACAAGAGAAAAUAGCAGCAUGGAAAACUGAACAGUUACAACAUAUUCGCGAAGACGAAGAGAAAAAACGGCAACGUAAUAUGCAAGUCGAGAAAAUGAAGUCUGAAAUGCUUAAUUUACAAAUUCAGCUUCACACGUGUUCUGUUCAUGGUCAUGCUCACGCUCAUGAUCAUGAUGAUGCAUACGCAUGCACACUCGCACAAGCACACGCCCACGCACAUGCACAUGCACAUGCACAGGGUUGUGAUGUCUCACCUCGUGGUGAAGGCUUACGAAGAAGGCGUGCUAUCUCUGUAAAUACCGAAUCCGCCAUUCACAAAGAAGACGUUUUUCAGAAACAAGAGUCGGAGAUUAAUAUGGAUUUGGUAUUACCCUACGAGUUUCACGGAACCGAAAGUUUACGAGCGUUUGAGUCUCGAGAAAACUCGAAUCUUCUUGAAGUAACUGAAUUUGAAGGAAAAAGGCAUAUGAAAGAAAGUACUUUGAUUUCUGCUGUACAAUUAAUAGGUGACGGUGUUUCUCAAGUACAAUCAAUCGGCAAUCGAGCAGUUUCCAACAUAGCAAAUUACUUAAAUAUCCCUCAAGAUUUAGACUUGGAUUCGGAUUCGGAUUUAGACGAACCUACAUCAUUUACAGCAGCUGAUAAACAUAGUGAGACAGAAAGUCCAAACGAAAGUCAAAUCCACAUGGGUUCGUACCGUUCAUCUUCUAUUCAAUCCGAAAGAAGUAGAACUAGUUCCGAUUCAGCAAGUUGUGGGAUAAUCUUUCAACAUAUAUGGAACCAGAUGCAAUCAAACAACGAUGUUGUCUGCUACUUGUGUUUUAUUCUCGUCUUUCUAUGGAACUUUAGCCUGCUUUCUAUGGUGUAUCUUGCAGCUCUCUUCUUAUACGCUCUUUGUGUCAACACAGGGCCUAACUAUAUCUUUUGGGUUUUGAUGCUGAUCUAUACAGAGUUUUAUAUUUUAAUCCAGUAUGUGUAUCAAAUCAUUAUUCAACAUUGUGGCAUCACUAUUGAAUCGGUUUCUCUUCCCGAAUGGGGAUUUCCUACGCAAAGAAUAACCUCUUCGUUCGUAGUUAGUUUAUUACCACUUUUUCUAGUUUACCUAUUUACCCUCAUUCAAAGCUCCAUAACCGCUAAAGACAGUGAAUGGAUUUUCGCAACCGAAUUUACCACUCUCCGGAGUAAAGUCUUCAACACUACAGAGAAUCUUAUGAGUUCAAGUUGGCGCGAAACUACACAACAAAUGCUUCACCUUGCUACAAAAAUAACCAAACUGAUAAUCGGAAACUGUGUUAGAUACUGGAAUUCACUAACACAAGAAGCAGAAUCACCCCCUUAUUUUAUACAGUUAUCGUUAGAUGUUCCUUCAUGGCCCGAAUAUGGGAUUCAACCGGUAAGAAUCGAAUCUGGAGUUAACGAACUGCUUAGAUUCGUUCACAACUCAAGAUGUAACGAAUCGGAUCCUGACGCAUGUCCUUGUGCGAGUAGUGUUCAAGUUCGUAGCAUCGAAAAGAGUAAAGAUAGUCCAAAUGUGGCAGUAGCUGUUGUUGAAGUGACGUAUGCAUCCAUAAAGGAGGAAUGUAUUUUAACGGAACGGUACAAGUCUUUGACUCCUGCUGCCGAUGUGGCGAAAGAGAUAACAGAAGCCCAAGACUUGGGUUAUUCUGACAAAAUUGAUUUCCCUUAUUCUAUUACUUCGGUAAUAGGGGGAGGGAAACGAGAGAUUGAUUUAUACGCGUACAUAUUUGGUGCUGAUUUGGCGGUUUUCUUUUUGGUCGCCAUCUUCUAUCAAUCUGUUAUAAAGAACAAAAAUGAUUUUCUAGAUGUUUAUCAGCUGGAAGAUCAGUUUCCAAAGGAGUUUGUGUUCAUCUUAAUGGCUAUUUUCUUCUUGAUUGUGCUUGAUCGUGUUAUAUACUUAUGUUCCUUUGCCAUUGGGAAAGUAAUCUUUUUCAUUUUUAAUUUAGUAAUUUUCACAUACUUUGUCACUGAGUAUGCUUGGAGUUUGGAUCCUUCACAGCACAAUGCAGCAGGUUUAGCACUCCGUGCCAUAUACGUUACUAAAGCAAUAUCUCUGGCCCUGCAAGCAAUACAAAUAAAAUCAGGGGUCCCACAUAAAAGCAGUCUGUAUAGGCAAUUUCUGACUAGCAGUAUUACUAGAGUAAAUUAUUUGGGUUACCGACUCUACCGUGCACUACCGUUUCUAUAUGAAUUAAGAUGUGUUCUUGAUUGGUCAUGCACCACCACAUCUUUGACGAUGUAUGACUGGCUAAAGUUGGAAGACAUAAAUGCAAGUCUAUACCUUGUCAAAUCUGAUGCACUCCUAAACAGGGCUGGUCAUAGACAAGGGCAGAAGCAGAGGAAAGUUAUCAAAUUUUGCAAUGGCUUAUGCUUAUUCUUUAUAUUAAUCUGCGUCAUCUGGGCUCCCAUGCUUAUGUAUAGUAGUGGUAACCCAACUAACAUAGCAAACCCUAUUAACGAUGCCAGUGUUCAGUUUCACAUAAAGACAAACGGCGGACGGUUAUUGUUAUAUGAGACAACACUUUGUGCAAUUACACCAUGGAAUGUGUUGAAGUCGUAUACAAAUCUAGAUCCCAAUGAUUAUCUCGAUUCUUAUAAUGUCGAUGAUAUUCAAAUGAUAUGCUGCCACGCUGAUGCUGUGAGUCGGUGGAUUAUUCCGGAUGCCAUUCAGACUACAUUUAUUCAGUCUCUUGAUGUGGAAAUGGAUAUGAAAUUUUCGUGGGUACUCACAAGAGACAGGCCUAAGAACAAAGAAGUUGUAAAAUAUGAACAAAAUAUUCAACGGUCAGAUCUUCCUGAUCCGUCUGAACUUAAGCAGGUUCUUAAUGGUUCCAGUGAUAGCUUUAGGACAAAUAACACUUAUCCUAGGUAUUUUCGGGUCACUGGUUCUGGGGAUGUCAGACUCUUUGACCAAAAGGAAGGUGGCGUGGAUGCGAAGCUUCUCCUAAACCGUGAGAAUAAUUCAGAAUGGUGGUCCUUUUAUGAUAUUAGCUGGCUGGAUUCAAAAGUAUGUGGAGAUUUGAUGGGGCCCAGGGCCAUCGUUGUUUCGGAGGAAACGCCCCAGGGUCUUCUUGGAGAGACGCUUAGCAAAUCAAGUAUAUGGGGUCUCUACAUUACAUUUGUGUUAGCAGUCGGCCGGUUCAUAAGGCUUCAAUGCUCUGACUUGAGGAUGAGAAUUCCAUUCGAAAACCUUCCGUCUUGUGACAGGUUAAUUGCCAUUUGUGAGGAUAUAUAUGCUGCUAGAGCCGAAGGGGAACUCGUAGUUGAGGAGGUUUUAUACUGGACAUUGGUGAAAAUAUACAGGUCACCACACAUGCUGCUCGAGUACACGAAUGCCGACUAGCCAUCUAAUAAAUCAUAAGCUUUUGCAACUUGAGAAACGGUAAGAGAGACCGGAAUGCCAAUGGACAAAGUGGGCUAGCAUUUCAAGGAGUACAAGGCGCUCUUAUAAACCUUAAAAACGACUUGGGCUAUGAUGAAACACGAGUGAUGCUUACUUUCUUGUCUGUAAACUAGCAUUUUGAUCAUUGUGUGCAAUCUCAAAGAUCAAUAGGGAUACAAACAAGUCAAGUUGUUAACGAGUAAUUCAUGAUCAAGUUAGAUCGCGUCAAAAUGUAUCAAUUUUGAGUACCAAUAUAUGAAUUUGGAACCUAUAAAGAGUCGGUUUGAGUUGUUAACUCGUCUCGAAUUUGUCAAGCCUUUUGGGUUCUUUGUAUAAGUUAAUAUGUAUGCAUUUAAGGCCUAGUUUUGGUAUUAUUUCCAACU